UAUUUCGAUGAGAUUAUUCUUAGUUAACUAAAUAAAGGACCCCGGCGGUAUGCAAUAACAGUCGUGUUCACAAAUGUCGGGACUCGAGUAGCGCCCUAGAACAGGCCUUGAGCCUCAUUUUUUUUUACCAUUGUGAGUGGCCAUUGUAAAUACCAUAGGGCUGCCGGUGCUUGUCGCCUUCCCCCCAGAAACGACCCACGCCCAGCCCAUCCUCCCCAUCCCUCGCUCAGUGCUACUCUACAAAACAUCCAAACCCGAACCUUCCAACCAAUAACCUCCUUUAACUGAUCUCCUCAUGUCGAAACAACCAAAUGGGAACGCACCUCCGCCACCGCAACUUCAACAGCUGCAAAGCCAGCAGCCAGCAGGUUCCGAGAAAUGGAGCGAUGAAAACCUUGUAGACGCGCUCAAACGUCUCGACGAUCUUCACAAUAAGGUUCGUUCAUUCCAGUAUUAGCUCCCAGCGCCGAGAAUACCAAGCUAAAUUUCUAUCUUUCCGUCUUACCUUGAUUAUAGCUGAUCAGUCUUCGCACGGUUAUUCCACGCUUGACACUACCGCUAUCCACAAAAUACCCUUCUCGUAAGUUGAAAUUUCUCUCGCAGGGUGGAUAAGGCUGACCUUUUUUCAACACAGCUGCAGAAUUCUACGCCGAUCUUGCGAACAGGGCACAAGGCAGCUCACAGGAGGUAUUGGAUUUCAAUUCAUCAUGGGUCGACAACAAAGGAAUUUUCGAUCGUGCAGGCACAUCACGAGCGAAGAAGCCGGAGGGCAUACAGAGACUCUCGGUCCACGACACUUUCAUGCCGGAUGAUGAUGAGGAGGAGGAGGAGGAGGAGGAGGAAGAGGAAGAGGUGAAGGUUGUCCCGAAACCCGAGGAUACAGAGAUGAAAGAUGCCAGCGAUCAACUAGAGGAGGAAGAAGAGGAUGAAAUGAAGGAAGACGAAAUAGAAACUCCUGAUGCAGAGAUCCCUACAGUAAUUGAAGAUUUCAAAGGGAGAUAUCCGAGCGUCGGAGUGGAGGUUAGCGACGGAGAGGAGUCUGGAAAGAGGACUGUCAAGGUGAGGUCUUCGGUUUCUGUACUCGUACCCCGAUUGCUCAAGUUUGUUAACCUAUUGCUGCGCACAGCUUAAAUUACCAGUGCCGACUGAUCUGCUCUUCACUAUCGACAUGCACUUGUCUACUAAUUCAUCAACAUCGAUGGACAAGUCGGAUCCAGCUACGAGUACUCGUCGCUUCAUCGUUACCUCAAUCGUCAAUUCCAAAAAACCCGAGCAACCAAUCCCCCAUCUUUACACUGCCCUUCUGCGCAGUAUCACUGUGCGGCCCAAUGCCGGAAAUCUUCAAAUGCUCCUGGUAACAUAGGCUCAUAUUUAUUUACAAUUACAAGCGCUAACAGCUCUAUCAACCAGGAAAUGAUUGGAACAUACACCUCGUUAUUCACAACUCCCUGCUCAAAAUGCAAUAAAAUGACUGGAGGAACAAAGGCCGAACUUCCAGUAGUCAGACGAAAGCGUCUAGUGCCGGUGGAAGAAGCUGUUCCUGGUGUUGCAAAUGGGGCGGCCAGUGCUAACACCGCUGAAGCAGCCAACAAGAAGAAGGGGAAAGUGAAGAAGGAAAAAGCAUGGCUGAGUUUCCACGAAGUCUGCAUGUAGGUUAGUAGUAGUAGUAGCAUCAUACCGUAGCUAGUUAUCGUCCUCUGGAAUAUAAUAUAUUUCGAUAG